AUGUCAGGCUAUUCAUUUAUGCAAAUUUUUGGCCAGGUCAUGGAAUCACAACCGUCGGAGCUGCAAGAUGACGACGACAAAUCUUGUCCCAGUGCUGAGUUGACAACAAACUAUCCCGCUCGCAUCUUUCGAGACUUGGAAGGACUGGGGAUAGCGGGGUUCUUCCAGAAUUUACUCUCAAACUUGCCUCUGGCCGCUACUGCAAGGGUAGAUGGCUUGACAGUCCAAACGGUACAGGGACCUGUAUCUGGCACAUUGGUCUCCCAAAAUGUUCGCCAAUUUCUCGGGGUACCCUAUGCAGUGGCUCAGCGUUGGGAGGCGCCUGCCAACCCACCGAAUCGAACAUCUGUCUUCAAAGCCAGCAAUUUCAGUGCUACAUGUCCGCAGAAUCUCACUCCGAUUUUUAAAGAAGCCCUGGUACUUGCGGGAGGACAAGGAAUAGAUAUUCCAGAGUCAGAGGACUGCCUGACAGUCAAUAUUUGGGCACCGAGCAUAAAGCGACAGCAACAAACGGCGGUUCUCGUCUGGAUUUAUGGUGGAGGUUUCCAAUUUGGCUCGGUAAAGAGCAAUCUACCUCAGUACAGUGGUGAGAACUUCGUAAACGAUCACGACGACAUCACGGUCGUGACAUUCAACUAUCGUUUGAACAUAUUCGGCCAACCAAACUCACCCCAGCUUGCAAACACAACGUCUUCUCAGAACUUUGGUCUACUUGAUAUCAAUGCAGCUAUUCAUUGGGUCCACGCGAACAUUGGUGCAUUCGGGGGCGACCCAGAUCGUAUCACCAUAUUUGGGCAAAGUGCUGGAGGUCUCGCAGUCGAUGCUUAUACGUAUGCGCACCCGAACGAUACAGUGGUGAAAGGUGCCAUCGAACAGUCUGGAAAUCUUGGAUUUGCGACAAGUGGUUUCAUUGCCAGUUCAACCAUAGACGGGACAUGGAACACUUUGGCGUCGAGCGUUGGGUGUGGAAAUGUUUCUGAUUCCGCUCAAUUGGCUUGCAUGAAAGCCGUACCCUUCCGCACAUUGAGGGAUGUAGUCAGCGAAUCGGGAUUAACAUUCAAUCUCCUCUUUGAUAAUAUCACUAUAUUCUCCGAUAUCCAGGAGCGCGCAAAAGCAGGAAACUUUUUGCAAGUACCGCUUUUGGGUGGUAGCACCCUUAACGAAGCAAACGUUCUCACAGUGGCUGCUGACGUGGCAGGGCUGUCUCCACCCACUUCCCCCUUCGUUUCCGAGGUAGUUUCUGAUGUACAGACUCAGGUGAAUUGGACGUGCCCGGCAGGCUCUGCAGCCCAAGAUCGUGUGAAUGCGGGUGUACCUACAUGGCGCUACCAGUAUCAGGCUGUCUUCUCCAAUAUCUCACCACGUCCAGACCUUGGAUCCUAUCAUCUCUCCGAAAUCCCUAUAGUAUUUGGCACAUAUAAAACGGUGAACCCUUCCAUCCCGGUGACGCCCAACGAAAGAGCCCUAUCCAAGUAUAUUCAAGGCGCUUGGGUUGCUUUUGCGAAAAAUCCCAGACGGGGAUUAAUUGACUACGGGUGGCCCUUGUACAACGCUACGACAAACAGCACAGUGGUUCUUGGAAAUUUCAUGAAUUCGACAGGGACAGUAUUCACCAAAGGAGCAACUCUCGAUUCGACAUGUGGAAGUGUUACACAGCUCCUCGACUUUGCGGCCUUUGUCACACAAGUCUAA